AUGAGUAAGCAAGUGAAAGUGAAAGCGAUGGAAGGAAGUAAAAUCAUUGAGCUGAGCAGCUUUUUAAAGUACGCUGAUGCCUUUUAUCUAUCGAUUGGCUUACUAGUCUAUGACCGGGAAAAGGACAAGGGUACUCACAGCUGGUAUCACUCGCUGCUGCACUGGUAUUUCAUCCUGCAGAUGCUCAACUUGAAUUUUGCGCUGGUGACUGAGCUCAUCUACGUUUUUCUGGCCAUCAGUGGUGGAACCAAUUUCCUAGAGGCCACCAUGAAUAUGUCAUUUAUUGGAUUUGUCAUUGUGGGCGAAUUGAAGAUUUGGCUCAUUUGGCGGCAGCGCGAGCACCUAACUCUUGUGGUGAAUGAGCUGGAGCGACUGCAUCCCAGAAGCGCCAAAGAACAGGCAGUCUACAAUAUAAAGGAUCAUUUAAGUAGCUAUAGCCGCGUUAGCAUCUUCUAUUUCAGCAUGCACCUGCUUCUGAUUUGGACAUACAAUCUCUAUUGGGUCGCCUACUAUCUGAUUUACGAUUUGUGGCUAGGCGUACGGAAGUUUGAACGCAUGUUGCCCUACUAUUGUUGGGUCCCAUGGGACUGGACGGAGGGCAUGAGCUACUAUUUUAUAUAUGUGUCGCAGAAUAUUGCUGGACAGGCUUGUCUAUCGGGACAGUUGUCAGCGGAUUUGAUGAUGUGCGCCCUGGUAACCUUACUGGUCAUGCAUUUCAGGCAAUUGGGCUCACAAAUUGAACAAUUUAAGGCGGGCAUUGGUACUGAAAAACAGGACAUGAAGUUCCUUCACGCCGCCAUUCGAUAUCAUCAAAGAUUGCUGCAGUUGAGCGAUGAUAUCAAUAAUGUCUUUGGUGUCUCCUUGCUCUGCAAUUUCGUUUCAUCAUCGUUCAUCAUUUGCUUUGUGGGCUUUCACAUGACCAUUGGCGGCAAAUUGGACAAUGUCGUCAUGUUGGUGCUAUUCCUAUUUUGCGCCAUGGUGCAAGUUUUCAUGAUCAGCAACUAUGCUCAACGAUUGCUCGAUUCGAGCGAGUACAUUGGUCAAGCUGUAUAUAAUCAUGAUUGGUUCAAUGCCGACAUACUCUAUCGCAAAAUGUUGGUAUUAAUUACAAGACGCUCACAAAAACCGAGUCGUGUUAAGGCUACCAGUUUUCUCAAUGUUUCAUUAGUAACCGUGACGGAUAUACUUCAAUUGUCCUACAAGUUCUUUGCUCUGCUGCGUACCAUGUAUAUGAAAUAA